AUGAAUAAUCAUAAUAAUAAUCAUAAUAAUAAUCAUAAUAAUAAUAAUCAUCUUCAUAAUAAUAGUAAUAGUAAUAAUUUCUUUUCAGGUAAAGGAAAUUCUUUAUCACCUUAUCAAAAUCAAAUUUUAAAUAUCAAAAGUAAUAAUAACAAUGCUCAUAAUUUUAUGAAUAAAAAUGUUCCGACUUAUUCUCCUUCUAAUAUUAUGAUUCCAAAUAAGGAUAGCGGCAAUUUUAAGAAUACACCAGCAAAUAUAAUCAAUAGAUAUAAUGUAGAAAAUAAUAAUCAUCGUAAUUCUUAUAAUCCUAGUAACAAUAAUACUAGGAAUAAUGUUAAUUAUUUAAAUAAAAACAUAUUAUAUGGUAACAAUAAUAAUAAUAAUAAUAAUAUAAAUAUAACUAACAUUAAUAAUAAUAAGCCAUCCGUUUCAUCUAAUCAUCAUCCAUAUCAACAACAACAAAAAAAUAAUAAUCAUCAUCAUAAUAUUAAUUAUAAUGAAUAUAUGGAUGAAAAAAAUAUGAAUAAUUCUCAAAGUAUAUUUAAAAAUGUUACGAUACAAAGAAAUUCUCAACAGUUUAAGCCAUCUGAUAUUGCUAAUAAUAUAAAUAUUAUGAAAGUACCUAAUAUGAAUGAGCAUAACAAUAUAUAUAAACGUAAUAGUUUAAAUAUUAUAAAUAAUCCACAUAUAAAUAAUAAUAUUAAUAAUAAGGCACAUAUUGUAUCAAAUAAUAUGAAUGUGCAAACAAACAGAAAUAGUAAUAUACCUUUGCAAAAAAAUAUAAAUGCAAAUAUAGGAACAUUAAAAAAUUCAAAUCAUAAUUUAAAUAAUAUAGGAAUGAAAUACAACACUUUAAAUAAUAAUAUGAAUAAUAUAAAUAAAAAUGUAAAUAUAGCUAAUGUUGGAAUGUUAAAUAUUCAAAGGAAAAAUAAUCCUAUGAAUCAUAAUAUAAAUCAAAAUAAUUAUAUACAAUCAAAUUUAUAUCGAGAUAAUACUUUAGGUCAAGUAAAUCCAAAUAAUAAUUAUAAUAUUGACAAGAAUAAUUUGCAUAAUCAUACAUUUAUAAAUGAUAAAAAAUAUUCAACUGUAAAUAAUAAUAUACCUAAUGUGGAUAAUAAUAUGGUUUCUGGUGUUAUGCCUUCUAUUAAUACUCCAGAUGAUCUAAAAAUGAAAAAAAAAAAAGAAAGAAAAAAAAAUGAAAAUAUAUAUACUAAUAUAAAUAAGAAUAGUAUUAAUAUAGAACAGAAUAAUAAUAGUAAUAAUAAUAUUAUUGUAGAUGUUCCAAAAAAAAAUAGUGACUUCUUUUUACAAAAUAAUAACCAAUAUGGUAAUAUAACAAAUAAACAAAAUAAUAAUUUAGGUCAUUCAAUGAAUAAUUAUUCAAUUAAUAAUUCAACAACAUCAGAUGUUAUAGGCAUUGUAGAAUUAUAUAAAAAUUCUUUAAGUAGCAAAGCAGUAAAUAAGAAAAAGUCUAAAAUAAUAAAGGACGUUAUGGAAGAUAAUAAAAAAAGAAAUAAAAAGGAAAAAAAAAAAAGCUUACAAAAUAAUGAUUCGAUAUUAAAUAAUAUAAAUAAAAAUGAAAAUGUAGAAUUUUCCAGUGUACCACAAAUAUUUGAUAAUAAAAAUAAUCAAGCAAAUAAUAAUAUAUAUAAUAAUAAUGAUAAUAUUUUAAUUCAUAACAAAAAUGAUGACAGUGUCAAUGGAAAUAUUAAAGAAACAAAUAAUAUGAAUGAUACAAAAUCUGAAGAUAUAGAAAAAAAAAAUAAAGAAAUAAAUAAUUAUUAUUAUGCUAAUAAUUAUCAAUGUAUAAAAGAUGAGAAAAAUAAUAAACAAUAUCUUUUAUGGAAUAAUAAAAAGAUAGACGUAACAUUUGUAUGGUUAUUUAUAACUAAUGAGUUCAAUGAAAAUAGAAAAAAAUAUACAGCCUUUUUGCCUUAUCUAAAACAUUUCUAUCCAAACAGAUUAAAGGAUUUAAUUGAACAGUUAGAAAAAUAUUCACUCUUGACAUUUAAUUAUAUUAUAAAUAGCUCUUACAACAUGCAAGAGGAAUAUAACAAGAAUAAAGAACAGAACAAUAAUAAUAAGAAUAUUAAUAAUAAUAAUAAUAAUAAGGAUGAUAAUAAUAAUGAUAAUAUUAAUAAUAACAAUAUGGAUAUCACUUCAACAAAUAAAAGUGAUAAUAUAAAUAAUAAUCGUAACAACUCAAACGAUGAAAAUGUUUCACUUAAUGAAACCUUAUCGUCAGAUAAAUCUACAUUAAAUACGAACAAACAAGUAGAUAAUACUAAUAAUAAUAAUAUAAAUAGCGGAUUUAAUAAUAUUAUAAAAAACAUGAGUAUUGAUGAUAAUACUAUAAGAAACAUUAUGAACAAUAUGGAAAAUUUGACAAAGGGUAAAAAGAAAGGAAGAAAAAAAAAACAAACAAUAGAAAACAAUGAUGAUAUUAAUAAAGAAGAUAAAAAAGGUAGCAAAAAAAAUAAGAAAAAGGAUACUAUAAAUGAUAGUAAUGAUAACAAUAAUGAGAAUAAAAAUGAUCAGGGUGAUUCAAAAAAUGAAGAAGAAAAAAAAAAAAAAACCAGAAAAUAUAGAAAGAAAAGUAAAAUAACAAACGAUGAUAAUAAUGAAAAGAUAAAUGAAGAUAAUAUAAAUUCCAACAAUCAAAAAAAUGAUUUAGUUAAGAAAGAAAAUGUAUGUAGUGAAGAGAAAAAUGUAAAAGAAGAUAAUAUUUCUAAUGAUACACCUUAUAAAGAAAAUAGAAGAAAUACUUUAAAUUUAUUUAACUUAGAUGAAGGUACAAUAAACAUGGAUCUGUUCAAUUUAUCCUUGUUAGAAAAUGAUGAUAGUUUAAAUAAAAAAGAAAACAAUAUUUUAUCAAAAGAUAAUAUGUCUUCCUCCUUUUAUACAUCCCAAAAAGAAAAUAAUAAUAAAAAUGACAUAGACAAAGAUCAAAGUGACAAGAAUAAGAAUAUUGAAAAUUCUGAGAAUUUAAGUAUGCAAAAAGAUAAAUCAAACGACCUAUAUGUUAAUAAGAAUGAUAAAAUUAUAAAUGAAACAAGCUCAAUACCAUUUAUGAAGAACAUUAAGGAAACCUUUUAUGAAAAAACCAAAGCAAUGUUUUCAAAUUUAUUAUCAGAUACAAAAAAAGGUAAAGAAGAGGAAUUAAAUAAUCAGAUGGAUAAAAAUGAUGUUAAUAUAUCAAGUGUUAUAUUAUAUAAGGAAGAAGGUAAUAAAGAGUCCGAGAAUGAAAAACAUUUUGAUGAUAACACAAAUGAAGAAAAAAAAAAUGUGGACAGUGUGGAAAAUAAAGAAGUGACUAAAGAACGAGGAAGAAAAAAGAGAAAAAAGGAAGUUUUAGAGAGGAAAAAGAAAAAUCUAAAUAAAGAUAUAAUAAAGAGUGAAAAACGAGUUCGAAAAUAUAGGACUAAAAAGAUGUUAUUGAAGGAGGCCAUGGAAAAUUCUAUAUCCAACAAUAUAGUUGAAUAUAAUACUACAUCUAAUAAUAAUAAUAAUAAUAAUAAUAAUGAUGAUGAUAAUAUUAUGAAUCAUGAUAUGUUUUCUAAUUCGUAUGAUAAUUCAAAUAUGAAGAAGAAUAAAUAUAAUAAGAAAUUGUGUUUCCCACAAAAUAAUUUAAUAAGUAAUUUUAGGAGCGAACCAAUAAUGAUACAACAAGAUAAAAAGAAAAUAAUAAAAAUAAAUAGCAUAAAUAAAAUUAAAAGAAAAUAUAAGAAAUUUGGCUUCUGUAUUAAUAAAAUUUUUAAAAAAAAACGUAUACAUGAUAUUAUUGCAUUGAAUGAAAACAUACAUAAAAAUAAAGAUUUAUUAACUCUAUUUAAAAAAAAAGAUCUUACUAAUUUAAAGAAUAAAAAUUUCUCUUUUUUUAUGGAUACAUUAAAACUUGAAAAAAUUGAUAUCCUAAUAAUAAAGAGAAUACAUAUGUGUUUAGAAAAAAUCAAAAAUACUCUCCUACUUACAUGUACAUUAAAUAAUGUUCAAGAAAUUGUCAAGAUUUUAAAAAAGGCAUUUGAAAAGAGAUUAUAUUUAAUGUGGCCUCUAAUUGAAUUUUCAAAUAAAUAUAGACUAGAUCAAUAUUUUCAUUUGCUUGGAAAAAAUAAAAAUCAUAUAAAUUCUUCUUUUAAGGAUACAAGGCUAUUCGUUCAUCAGAAUAUAAGCUCAUUAAUCCUAUAUUUUAAUCAACGAUCUAUGGACGACAAAUGGGUUGAAUAUUUGAAAAGCCAAAUGAAACCAAAACGUAGGAGGAGGAAAACAAAAAUGAAGGAACAAUUUUUGGAAGACAAACCAUUAGAUUACUUGAAUAGUAUGAAUAGUCAGCAUUCGAACAAUAUUUUAGGGGAAAAUUAUAGCGAAAUUGAUACUGUGGAAUCUAAGGCCAACGAAUAUGCAUUUGUUGGUUAUAAUCAAAAGAGGCUCUUAACGCAAAUAACACCAUAUGACUAUCGACUUGUUUUAAAUUCAAAUUUUUGUAAUAAAUUUUUUACACCUAAUUGGAGAGAACAACAAAGCAUGUUUAUUGAUAAUCUUCAUUUUGAUAUGGUACCAGACACAGAAGAAAUAAAAAAACAUUUUGAAAAUGUUUACAUUAGAUAUAUGGAAUAUGACGAGGAAAAAUUAAGAUCAAAAUUAGAGAAUAAAACGAAAGAACACAAAAUAAAAGAUAAAAAAUAUAAAAUGUUACUUAAAAAAAAAGAAGGAAAAGGUAAACCAGGAAGGAAAAAAAAAAUAAAAUUGGAAAAUGAAAUUAUGUCUAACGAAAUAAAAAUUAAAAAACCCAGAAAAAAAUAUGAAAGAUUAAAACCAAGAAAAAGUAAAAAUGCUACUAUAAAUUUAGAAAACAGUGGAAAUGGUGAGAAGCAAAUAAAUAAUCAAUUAAGCCUUACAAAUAAUGAAAAUAAACAUAAAUCUAAAAAAGGAAGAAAACCAAAAGAAAGUAAAUUAAAUAAUAUAAAUAUGAUUGAAGAUAUAAAUCUCGCUAAAGCCAGUCCCGAUACAUUACAUAAAACAUCCUUAGAAUUUAUGAAUCCUAAUAUAUUUACAUAA